UCUUUCACGGCUGAUCGAAAUAAUGAGCAAAGUGGAGCUGAUAAUGACACGCUAUGCUAUUGACAGCACCUCUCCUGGGAAGAGAGGCUCCAUCUCAGAGAGCCAGAGAAAGAAGAGAAAGGUGUUCUUAGAGAAGAUAGCUGCGCACAUUAAGAGUAUUGAUAUCAGAGAAAAGAUUCUCACCAAACUUCUGUCCUGGCUAGAAGAUUGGAAUUUUGUGCUGUCGGAGGUGGCUGAGAUUGAUGUUGAUGAAUACCACCACUGGAUUGCGCAGAUGGAGCUGCUGCCAGAAAUGCUGAAGGAGAUGGACAGCAGUAUCAAGACUGUCUGUCAGGUCACCACAUUGCUCUUAGAAGAAAAGAAGAGACAAAAGAAAAAGCUAGUGACUAGAGGUACUCUCUGGAAAGCUUGGAAGGAACGAGUUGUAAAGCGGCCUGCCGCAGCCCACGCUUUAAGACCAGAUCAGAUGAUUUUCGACCAGCUUGCAUUAAAUACGAAGGUUACAGAAAUUCAAGACAUGCUCCAGGAACUCAUCAGCUCAGCCAUGCUAAGCAAGCUGGAAAACAAUGCCAUUAAAUACAUAUCAGCGACUAUUCUGAACCUUUCCAAAGCCUUGAGUACGGUCAGUGACGAGCUGAAGCUUAUGACCCUUCAAGUUACCAACGUGGGUGUGAGUGAAGAAAAAGAGACAGAAAAAGACUUCUUGCAGCGGGUCAUCCAAGAACUCAGUAAAGAAAACGAAAUGCUUCACCAGAAACUUAGAGAUUCCGAAGAAAAGUGUGACCAACUUAUCCGAAUAAAAAAUUUUCUAGGACGCCAGCUAUUGGUCCCAACGACGCCGAGCUUGAGGAUGUUGGCCGUAGGGUCUCCACAGGCACCUGUGAGCAAAGAUGUCGAUGCGGGGGAGAUUGACAGUCUCCUAAACAAAGAGCUCGAGAAGAUUAUAGACGAGUCCCAAACGAAAGGUGUCAGAGCCACCGCAAUAAAGUGGGACUCGAGUAUGACAUAUGUCGCCCAAGGUGAAAUGGCUACAGAUGUGGCUCAGCAGCAAGCUGAAGAGAAGGCUGACCAGGAUCAGAAAAAGCAGUACCCCCCAGUCCCACUGCCAGCCGAGACCUCGGACACAAACCUGGAGAAGGAGGAGAAGAAAGCCGUGGAGGUAGCGUCUAGUCAGUUCUCUGAUCUACAAGCACUGGACAUGAAGAGAAAAGACAGAAAAUCCCUUUUAGAAGGCAAACCACAGGGCCAGGAGGUCAAAAGUGGAGCGAGUAGCCUGUGGGAACGAUUCAAGAAGGGCAGAUCGGAGCACUCACUUGGAAAAAGCCCAGCUUCAUCAGAGGUUAAAAUAGUACCCCCCGUUAAGCCAAUGGACAAAGAAUCCAAGACUGAAGUAGAACAAACCAAGGCAAGCCAGCCUGAGAGUACCCCAGAGCCACCCAAAAUAGAAAUGAAGGGGAAAAGACCCGUGCCAGGAAAAACUGAAGAAACGCCAGGCACCACAAAACAACAGCAAAGUAAAUUACAACCCAGGACGCCUAAGCAGACUCCGGCAACCCCUGAUGCCAGGAGUGAACAAAAUACUCUAGAAUCAUUUCAAAAAGCCAUAUUGGCUUUCCUGCGAGAGAAAACGAACAACGUAGGAAGGGCCUUUGAUCCAAAGAGUAUACAGGAGGAGGAGAAAUCGUUAGAAAGAGCAGACGUUGAAAAACUAUAUCUCAUAAAGGCAAAAACGGAAGAGUAUGUCCAAAAAGUGGCUGAAACCGUGACUAGAACCCUGAGGGCGUACAAAGAGGCGAGAAAAAAACAGCUGAGAGAGAAAUUCAGCAGACAACAAAGGACGACGGCUGCUUUACCGCAGCCGUUUGCCAGGCAGGGCUUGGUCAGCACCAAGUCCGACCUCAUCAGCUUCCUCUUAAGUGAGAUGUCAGACCCAGUGAUCAGGGCACUCACACAGACAAUCAUAGAUGAGCUGGAGCUCGAGAAAGACGGUGUGACAGUCUCAGCAGCAGGCCAGGACCACAGGGACAAGAGGCGGGAGUGGCAGAGGUGGGAAGAGGAGACCUGGAAGGAAGAGCAAAGACUUCCGAAACAGGCCGGGCCACAGCACAGGGCCAGGGAGAAGGCAGCAGAGCUGGAAGAGUUGAGACCGGCGGCGGCGGCGGUGACACCCGACGUGAGCCGGGCUCAGGACCUGAGGGAGAGGGAGGACACCGACAAGGAGAAGCUGAAGGUGGUGAGAGAUGCAGAAGAAGGCCUGAGGCCGAAAGGGAGCAAACCAAAGCUGCCGGGCAAGAGUGACUCAAAGUCUAAAGACCUAUUCAAAACCUUCACCCAGAGCGCAAUGGUCUUAACGCCCAGGUGGAUGAAAAGCCUGAAACUCCAGACGAGCCAAGUACAGUUAUUCCAAGUGGAUCCGAGAGCCAUGGAAAGCCCUGAUGAGAAGCAGCCCUUCUCUCCCAGGACCCUCCUCGUUUCUGCCAAGCCCCUCCCAGUGCCCGUCCCUGAGCAGGCCCAGAUAGUGGAUUCUAAGAUGUCUCCGAUUUCAAGGGUGUCUUUCACCCCUGAGUGGGUACAGGUUUGGGGUGGUCCUCCUAGUCACGAACCCAUGAAAGAAGUGCAGAUCCCUCCUCCCACAGCAAAGCAGGAACAAGAGCUGGGGACUCAGCUGAUGGCCCCUAGGAUCCUUCAGCGGACAAUGGCUCCAGGGGGGUCUUUCAUAUCAGAAAUCCCCCAAACCGCUGAACAAGGACCAAUAUCUGGGGUCACAGUGACCCAAAGAGCAGUUCUACCUCUCCAGCAGAUCCAAGGAAAAGACAUUACUCUCACCUUGAAGCAGGCCCUGGAUCAAGGCAUUGCCCCCACCCCUGAGCCAGCCAAAGAACCAAGGAUCACGCUAACCCCUCAGCAGGCCCAGGCCCUGGGCAUCAUUCUUACCCCUGAGCAAGCCAAAGCCCAGACAAUCAGUCUGACCCCUCAACAGGCCCAGGCCCUAGCGCUCACUCUUACGCCUGAGCAGACCAAGGAACAGGAGAUCAGUCUGACCCCUCCACAAGCCCAGGGACUGGGGAUAACACUCACCUCUGAGCAGGCCCAGGCCCUGGGGCUCACUCUCACCCCUGAGCAGACCAAGGCACAGAGGGUCAGUCUGAGUCCUCAACAGGCCCAGGUCCUGGGAGUCUCUCUCACCCCUCAGCAGGCCCAGGCACAAAGGAUUAAUCUCACUCCUGAGCAGGCCCAGGCCCUGGGGAUAGAUAUCACCCCUCAGCUGGUCCAAGCACAGACAAGCAUUUUCACCUCUCAGCUGACCCAAGCACAGCAGAUCACCAUCACCCCAGAGGAGGCCAAGGACCUGGGAAUUGCUCUCACCCCUCAGCAGGUCAAGGUUCAGGGGAUCAGUCUGACCCCUGAGCAAGGCCGGGCUCUUGGGAUGGCUCUUACCCCUGACCAGGCCCAAGCACAGGGGAUUAUUCUCACCCCUCAGCAGGCCCAGGCCCUGGGGCUCACUCUCACUCCUCAGCAGGUUAAGACCCAGAGGGUCUGUCUGAGUCCUGAGCAGGCCCAGGCCCUGGGGAUAACAAUCACCUCUGAGCAGGCCCAGGCCCUGGGGAUAGCAAUCACCCCUCAGCUGGCCCAAGCACAGCAGAUCACCAUCACCCCAGAGGAGGCUGAGGACCUGGGCAUUGCUCUCACCCCUCAGCAGGUCAAGGUUCAGGGGAUCAGUCUGACCCCUGAGCAAGGCUGGGCUCUUGGGAUGGCUCUUACCCCUGACCAGGCCCAAGCACAGGGGAUUAUUCUCACUCCUCAGCAGGCCCAGGCCCUGGGACUCACUCUCACUCCUCAGCAGGUCAAGACUCAGAGGGUCUGUCUGAGUCCUGAGCAGGCCCAGGCCCUGGGGAUAACAAUCACCCCUGAGCAGGCCCAGGCCCUGGGGAUAGAUAUCACCCCUCAGCUGGCCCAAACACAGCAGAUCACCAUCACCCCAGAGGAGGCCAAGAACCUAGGCAUUGCUCUCACCCCUCAGCAGGUCAAGGUUCAGGGGAUCAGUCUGACCCCUGAGCAAGGCCGAGCUCUUGGGAUGGCUCUUACCCCUGAGCAAGCCCAAGCACAGGGGAUUAUUCUCACCCCUCAGCAGGCACAGGCCCUGGGACUCACUCUCACUCCUCAGCAGGUCAAGACUCAGAGGGUCUGUCUGAGUCCUGAGCAGGCCCAGGCCCUGGGGAUAACAAUCACCUCUGAGCAGGCCCAGGCCCUGGGGAUAGCAAUCACCCCUCAGCUGGCCCAAACACAGCAGAUCACCAUCACCCCAGAGGAGGCCAAGAACCUGGGUAUUGCUCUCACCCCUCAGCAGGUCAAGGUUCAGGGGAUCAGUCUGACCCCCGAGCAAGGCCGGGCACUUGGGAUGGCUCUUACCCCUGAGCAGGCCCAAGCACAGGGGAUUAUUCUCACCCCUCAGCAGGCCCAGGCCCUGGGGCUCACUCUCACUCCUCAGCAGGUCAAGACCCAGAGGGUCUGUCUGAGUCCUGAGCAGGCCCAGGCCCUGGGGAUAACAAUCACCCCUGAGCAGGCCCAGGCCCUGGGGAUAGAUAUCACCCCUCAGCUGGCCCAAGCACAGCAGAUCACCAUCACCCCAGAGGAGGCUGAGGACCUGGGCAUUGCUCUCACCCCUCAGCAGGUCAAGGUUCAGGGGAUCAGUCUGACCCCUGAGCAAGGCCGAGCUCUUGGGAUGGCUCUUACCCCUGAGCAGGCCCAAGCACAGGGGAUUAUUCUCACCCCUCAGCAGGCCCAGGCCCUGGGGCUCACUCUCACUCCUCAGCAGGUCAAGACCCAGAGGGUCUGUCUGAGUCCUGAGCAGGCCCAGGCCCUGAUGAUAACAAUCACCUCUGAGCAGGCCCAGGCCCUGGGGAUAGCAAUCACCCCUCAGCUGGCCCAAGCACAGACAAGCAUUUUCACCCCUCAGCUGGCCCAAACACAGCAGAUCACCAUCACCUCAGAGGAGGCCGAGGACCUGGGCAUUGCUCUCACCCCUCAGCAGGUCAAGGUUCAGGGGAUCAGUCUGACCCCCCAGCAAGGCCAGGCUCUUGGGAUGGCUCUUACCCCUGACCAGGCCAAAGCACAGGGGAUUAUUCUCACUCCUCAGCAGGCCCAGGCCCUGGGGCUCACUCUCACCCCUCAGCAGAUCAAGACUCAGAGGGUCCGUUUGACCCCUGAGCGGGCCCAGGCCCUGGGGAUAGCAAUCACCUCUGAGCAGGCCCAGGCCCUGGGGAUUACUCUCAUUCCCAAACUAGCUCAACCACAGGAGAUCAGCCUCAGUCCAGAGGAGGCCCAGGCCCUGGGGCUCACACUCACCCCACAGCAGGCCCAGAUACAGAAGAUCUUUCUCACCCCUAAGCAGGCCCAAGCUCUGGGCAUCACUCUUACCCCUGAGCAGGCCAAGGCACUGAAGAUUAGUCUGACCCCUCAGCAGGCCCAAGUCCUGGGGAUCACUCUCACCCUUGAGCAGGCCAAGGCACACAGAAUCAGUCUGACCACUGAGCAGGCCCAGGUCCUGGGGAUCACACUCUCCCUCCAGCAGGCCCGGGCCCUGGGGAUAGCUCCUACCCUUAAGCAGACAGCAGCCUCGGGAAUCACUCUUACCCCUGAGCCAGGUAAGGAAAAAGAGGUCAGCCUGACCCGGGUGCAGGCCUUGGCCCUGGAGAUCAGUCCCACCCCUGAGCAGACCCACACCUUGGGAAUCUCUCUCAGUCCACAGCAGGCCCGGGACCUGGGACUCACUCUUACCUCUAGGCAAGCCAAGGUACAGAAGAUAUGUCUGACUCCUGAGCAGGCACAGGCCCUGGGAGUCACUUUUACCCCUGAGCAGGCCAAGGGAUGGAGGAUCAGUCUGACCCCUGAGCAGGCCCAGGCCCUGGGGAUCACUCUCACCCCUGCGCAGGCCAAGGCACACAGAAUCAGUGUGACCCCUGAGCAGGCAGAAGCCCUCGGGAUUACUCUUACCCCUGGGCAGGCCCAGGCCCUGGGGAUCCGUUUGACUCCUUCACGGUUCCAGACAUGGGGUAUUUCUUCUCCUAAGAAAUUCCAGGAUUUGGAAGCUCCAUUAACCUAUGAACAGGCAGCAGCACUAAGGGGCCGCCCUACUACAGAGCAAAUUCAAACUCUGAAAGUCCCUAUUACCCCUGAGUCUAUGCAGACACCUAAACCAGCUGUUGCCUCUAAACAGACCCAGACAAUUGAAAUCCCACUAACUCCUCAACUGUCCCCAGCGUUUGGAAUUCCACUUCUACAGGGACAGGGCAAAGCAUUGGGCAUGACUCUCAUGCCAGGGCAGACCCAGGCAUUCCAGCAAAUCCGGGCAUUGCAGCCUCCCCUCCCAUCCAGGCAGGCCCGGUUGCUGGGCCAGUUUGGUCCAGGAGAGAUACAAACACUAACAUUCACUAUUGCACUUGAGAAAGCCCAGAAUUUGGGUGUCACUUUUACCCAGGAACAAACUCAGGCAGCAUCUAUCACCCUCACCUCUGAGCAGGUGGCAGCAUUAGAAGACGCACUCACUGAAGAACUGGCCUGGACAUGGGGGCUUUUAACCGCAUCAGAAAAGCCGGCUGUGUUGGUCCCUCCCCCUGACAGACUGCUUCCUACAUCUAUUGCAUUGCAGAAAUUGAAGUCUUCUCCUCAAGCCCCAUUUUCCCCUAGGACGAGCCUAGCAAUGAGCUUUCUUCCUGACUCUGAGAAGCUUGAAGAAACAUGCAUCUCUCCCACCUACAGACAGAUUCUAGCAGACAGAGGUCAAGUCACUCCCACACAGCUUCUAACACCAGAAGUCCCUUCCAUUCCAGGGCUGCCCCUUGGUCACUGGCAUUCCUUCAAACCUGGAGACACCGGGUCAUCUCUAACGCCGGAAACUCACCUCACCCACAGAAGGCUGACACCACCUCUCAUAUCUGGAGUCCCACCGACCUCUGGAGAGAUUCCAGGCCUCUUUGUUCCUGGAGGCUCUGCUGUCCCCUUCCAGCCUCCGGCCAUCCAUGACCAAGCUCCCUACAUGCAGAUCUACUCUGCGCCUGGACAGCCAAAGCCAUCACUGAUCAUUCCUGAGCAAGGAUUCUCUGUAAGAACUCCUGUCUCAGCAGAGGCUUUCCCAGUCCCUGGAAGACCUCAGAGAAUUUCUCCCUCUUCAGCUUCUCAGAAAAAGCCAGUAACUGUUUCCCCUCCCAAACCUGAAUCAAUCAGAGCUCACCCGAGUGCUGCUCUGGGCUUUGAGGUCUCUCCGGCUCCCUUCCCUAUGGAGAAGAUCCAAAUGUCUAAGUUUUCUGACAUUUUAGAAGAAACGCGGGUACUCCAAGAUUCUCCCGACAUGAGAUCACUUGGAAUGUUUCAGCCUUAUGUCACUAGUUCUAGGAUCCCAGGAUCAAAGUCCCAUCACAUUGGUGAGAGAGCCCCUUCCGCUCGGGGGAAAUCUAUAGCGUCACUGCCGUCUCUUACCACUCAGCUCUCCCAAGCAUCACAGAUCACACCUUCUGACAGGGGCCAAAGACCACGGCUCCCCCCAAUAGACGAGCCCUGGAUAUUAUCCCCAGUUCCUGGCACUGGGAAAGCCAGGAGGGUGGGGUCCCCCCUCACUGCCCAGCACCAUGAAGACAGAUACUUUGUUGAUGUGGAGGCUCAAAGGAAGAACCUGGCUAUAUUAAAUCACGCUGCACAAACUGCUGGACUCCCUUCACAGUACCACACAAUUGCCAGGAAUCUCAUAAUUGAAUUACUUCAUAUGAAUACAGUUCGGCUGGGGUAUCUGUCCCGCAAGUAUGUUGCCUAUAGGCUGAUCCAGCUUGCCAGAAACAACAUAAUCAAACGAUUAAGAGCCAUCCAAAAUACUGGGAAAGGAUACGAGACUCAGAACCUCUUCACCAUGCUGGACAGAAUUGAUCACUACCAGAAGAAGGUGAUGUGGUUCUGGACUGAAAAGCAGAACCAGUUAGAGCAGAGGCGGAAACACUGUCUGUGGUCCAUGAUGCAGUUCUUCACCCAGCUUGAAAGAGUGUUUAAACUAAAUCUUAGCCAGCCUGUGCCCUUGCUCUCCGACUUUAAGCAGAUACCUGAUCUUCCCAAAUUUCAACGGCCAGUCUUGGAGUUAUUAAUUGAAGACAAAAAACCCAACAUUUUCAAAACAUUGGGAGAGCAAGCUCAGAUGGAGGCCAUCUGGAAUGCUGACCUGUCCACUUCAAGCUACCCGAUAACGGAGAAGACAUCUCUGAGUACGCUCUGGGCCCAGCUGGGUGGGUACCCAGAUAUUCCCAGACUGCUGGAGUUAGAUAUUCAGUCGACCUUCAGGAAAUCUCUUGCUUCCAUCCGGUCACAGUCUAAGAAGAUUCCCAAGUGACUGCAGAGCUACAGACAAGCCUGUAACGAGCAAAGGCCUAUUUUCUCUUUUCCAUGGAUAUAAACUGAUGUGUUUACUCUGCUUUCUGUGUUGCCUGUAGACCUUAAGAAUGCUGUCUAAAGCUAGGCAUCGUGGCAUAAGCCUGUCAUCUUAGUGCUUUAGAGGUAAAACAAGAGGGCCAGGAGUUCAAAGUCUUUCUCAUCUAUUUAGUAAGUUCAGGGCUAGCCAGGGUG